AUGCUGCAGCUUCAGCCCCCUCGGUUCCUGCCCAUCCCGCGCCGGCGCGUCACCGGCCGCCGGCGUCGCGCCGGCCCGGUCAUCGCUUUCAACUCCCAGUGGAAGAUCCCCGACGUCGACACAGAUGCGGUGCGGGAGCGGGUGCGGUCGUGGAUGUCCCUGGCGCGGGGCGCGGUCGCCGACGCGGCGCACGCGGCGCGGGAGAGGGGGAGGCACAAGGAGGAGCCUGAGGGUGGGAAGAAGAAGCAGCGGAAGGAGGUGGUCGUGGAGGAGCAGGCGUUCGUUGCGGUGCCGGAAGUCACCGUGGAGCCGCGGGUGGCUCAGGGUUGGCUCUCGCUGGACGCCGUCGUCUCCAUCGAGCAGUUCGCCAGGUUGAAUGGGUUGACCGGGAGACAGGUGCAGAGGAUAUUUGAAACACUUGCUCCGAAGCAUCUGCACAAUGACGCUCGAAGCCUGGUUGAGUAUAGCUGCUUCCGGUACUUGGCAAGAGAUAAUUCUGACUUCCAUCCAAACUUGAAGGAGCUUGCCUUUCAAAAGCUUAUCUUCGUUACUAUGCUUGCUUGGGAAGAUCCAUAUAACGAAGACGACGGUCCACUUUCUUUGCUAGACAGCUAUUCUGUAUUGGGAAGGCUUGUUGGAGAAGAUGCCUUUGUCCGAAUUGCUCCUGCUGUUGCAGGUGUUGCUGAUGUUUCGACAGCUCAUUAUCUCUUUAGGGCUCUUGUUGGUGCAGAAAAGGGACUUUCAUUUGAUCUGUGGACAACAUAUCUCGCUGAACUUUUGAAGGUUCAUCAUGGCAGGCUGACACAUCAAAUGGGAGAUAAUUUUUUGUAUGAUGAGAAAGUCUUAUGCAUAGGCUCUAGUAAAAAAAGACCUGUUCUAAAAUGGGAGGAAAAUACUGCAUGGCCAGGAAGCCUUACCUUGACAGACAAGGCGCUGUAUUUUGAGGCCAUUGGACUGUCAGGUACCAAGGAACCAAUGAGGCUUGACCUUACAAAUCAGAAUUCAAGGGUUGAAAAGACGAAAGUUGGACCAUUUGGAUCCAAACUAUUUGACUCUGCUGUCUCAGUUUCUUCUGGUUUAGUGUCAGAUGAAUGGACAUUGGAGUUUGUUGAUUUCAGUGGGGAGAUGAGACGAGAUGUGUGGCUCGCCUUCAUCAGUGAAAUUAUUUCAGUUUAUAGAUUCAUUCGUGAAUAUGGUCCGGGUGGUGAUGACCCAGCAAUUCACAAUGUGUAUGGUGCCUACAAAGGGAAGAAAAGAGCUGUUAGCAGUGCAGCAAACAGUAUUGCAAGGCUUCAGUCUCUGCAGUUCAUACGGAGAUUAUAUGAAGAUCCAGCUAAGCUAGUGCAGUUCUCUUACCUGUCCAAUGCACCAUUUGGUGAUGUUGUUCUUCAGACUCUAGCAGUGAAUUUUUGGGGUGGGCCUUUGACUACAAAAGCCAGAUCUGCAGAUCAGAGAUCAACUCAAUGGCAUAGAUCUUCAGAGGACCCAUCUAGCGGCCAUGCACAUGUUUACGACAUAGAUGGCAGUGUGUACUUACGCAAGUGGAUGACAUCCCCCAGCUGGGCAUCUAGCCACUCAGCCAAUUUUUGGAGAAAUUCUUCUGUCAAGCAUGGUGUAAUAUUGAGUAAAUCUUUAGUUGUAGCUGAUAAAAAUCUUGUAGAAAAGGCAAUGGUUGACUGUAAAGAGAGGAGCAAAGUAGUUGAAAGGACACAAGCAACAAUAGUUGCUGCUACAAUCGAAGGUAUUCCAAGCAACAUUGACCUCUUCAAGGAACUUAUGCUUCCUUUUGCAAUAGUGGCUGAAAAUUUCAAGAAACUGCAACGCUGGGAGAACCCACGUUCAACCUUUUGUUUUCUAUUAUUGGUUCAUACUGUUAUUUUCAGGAGCAUGCUUUCUUAUGUAUUUCCUUUCACCUUGAUGAUGAUGGCCCUUUCCAUGCUUGCUGUGAAAGGGCUGAAAGAACAAGGCCGGUUAGGUAGAUCUUUUGGCAAAGUGACAAUUAGGGAUCAACCACCUUCAAACACAAUUCAGAAGAUCCUAGCCCUUAAAGAGGCAAUGGCCUCAGUGGAAAAUUCUCUCCAGAACCUGAAUGUCUCCCUGCUGAAAAUCCGCACGAUCUUACUAGCUGGCCAACCUGAGGUGACAACACAGGUUGCGCUUGUUCUUCUAGCAUCCUCAGCCGUCCUUCUUGUGUUUCCUUUCAAAUAUGUUCUUGCAUUCUUUACAUUUGAUCUCUUCACAAGGGAGCUAGAAUUCAGGAGGGAAAUGGUGAGAGCCUUCAUGAACUUCUUGAAGGAACGGUGGGAAUCAAUACAUGCUGCCCCUGUGGUCGUGUUGCCAUAUGAGGGAGCUGAAAGCAGCCCGAAGACACUCCCGGCAAAAGCUUCGGGGCAAUCAGAACCCCAGAAUGUGCAACGGGGGAGCGGUUAUGUCACCUCAAAGAACGGCAUCAGCAGUUCAUGA